AUGUCUCCAAUAUCAAUUCGUCAACCUGGUGAUGUUGUCAAUGAAGUUUAUUCACAUAAUAUUAAAUCUAUUAUUGAAAUGUGCCUUGAUGCUGGUGAUGAUCCAAGUUUACUUAUUGACGAAGUGAAACGUGAACUUCAAAAAAUGGUUGCUGAAAUGAUGGCUGAAGAUGAUGCAUUAUUGGAACGUAAACGUGCUGAACUUGUACCAAUUCGUACUCAUUAUGAAUCACUUUAUCAUGAGUUAUAUCCAGAUAAAACUUGUCCACAAUAUGGUAAUACUUUACCUGUUCUUCUAGCAUUACGUACAUAUGUUGAUGAAUAUAAAAAAUUAAAAAAUGAACAUGAAAAAUUACUUGAACGUGAAAUAGAUAUUCGACGUGAAGAAAAACAAUUAUGUAAUGAAUUAAAUGAACAUUCAUUACAAAUUGAUAAUCAAAAUUUUAAUUCAAAACAAUUAAGUACACAAAUGAGUCUUUUAUCAGAACAUAUUAUUGAAUUACGUGAAGAAAAAGCAAAACGUAUUGCUCAUUUAACAGAAAUAAUGCGAACAUUACAUGAAUUUGAAGAAGUUUAUGGAUGGAAACGACCAAUAAUUGAAACAAUGAUUAAUCGAUUACUAACACUUGGACCAACUAAAAUUGAUCAAUAUACUCUAACAAAAGAAGUUUUAGAACUUGUCGAUAAAGAAUUUACUCAAAUCACUGAACAAGUACAAAAAGCAGAAGCUUGUUUUGAACAAUCACAUAAACAAUUAACAACACUUAUACGAAAACAUCAAUCAUUAAUUCCAAAUGAAAAAGUUUUAACAGUAACUAAAACUAAACAAUGUCGAUUAUCAAAAUUACCUGAUCUAAUUGCAGAAGUUGAUCGUUAUACAGAAUAUGCCGUUGAAAAAUUAACAAAUGAUAUAUUUAAAGCACGUGAACGUAUUCAUAUUAUACUCAAUAAACUUUCAUUUAAUGAUGUUACUAAUGAUUCAAAAUAUGCUAUUUUAUAUACUAAUGAUUUUACCGAAGAUAUCUAUUUUAUGCAUGAAGAACUUUUACAAGAACUUGAAGCUCAAUAUGAAGUUAAUAAAUCCAUGUAUGAACAAAUCGAAAUAUGGAAUGAACUUUUUCUUGAAUUUCAAGAAUUUGAAAAAAAUGCUAGUGAUCCACAACGUUUUCAUCGUCGUGGUUAUAGUGCAUUAGCAGAAGAAAAAAAUCGUAAAAAAUUAGAAGCAAAUUUACGUGAAUGUGAAUUACGUCUUCAAAAUCUUGCCAAUGAUUUUAUGAAGAAAAAUAAUGGACAAUCAUUUAUAAUGAGUGCAAAUGGAAAAGAAAUACAUGAUUAUAUUCAACAACGAAAAGAUGAUUAUAUUAAAGCUAAAGAACGUGAACGAGAAGCAGCUAAGACUCCAUCUUCAAAGAAAAAGGCUCGUACAGACACAAUCAUACGUGUUCGUCCAGCUCCUUUACAGUCAGUACCUGGUUCCGAUGAAAACAAUAACAACAGCGAAGAUAAUCAAUGUGCUACUACAGCAGCAGCACAUAAAACAUCAACAAGUUCAAUUGUUGGACGAACACCCUUAAAAACAAAACAACUACCUGAUAAUAUAUCGAGUGCUACAUCAAAACGCUCGAAUUCAAAUUCAACAGCAUAUACACCUUUAAAAACUGUUCGUCGUGUUGCUAUUCCAAAAUUACCAACUGGUAAAACAACUCCAUUACAUAAUUCAACAAUGAAAUUACGAACACAAAAAUUUUUACAAACAACUAAACGUACAAAUAUAGAUCAAACAUCAUCAACAAUUGUAACACCAGUUAAACAACGUUGUCUUAUUAAUCAAAUUAUUGAUACAACUCAAAAUAUUUCAUCAAAUAAUUUAAUCACAGGAAAUACAUCUACAGGUUUUAAAACUUCAACCAUGACAACAUCAGGAAAACGUCCCAUAAUGAAACGAGGUAUUCCGACUCCUAUCCAUACUCAUAAAUGA